CGGCGCAGGAAACGACACUGCGGUUUUUAGCCGUGAGUUCGCCUGUUCGCCGCCGUGUUCUCCGCUGUUUGCGAACUGCUUUAAAGACACCAGAAACAUGCCAAUGGAGGCUUGCUGACCAAAAUGGCUGGGCGCAGUGAAAUGUGAAAUAUUCUUGCUAAGGUUAUCCUUUCUGCACGCAACGCGACUGUCACGCGAACACGGCGGCCAAAACGCAUUACUGAAGGUUGCUCCAAUUUGACCUGCAACAUGUCUGAUUUACUGAGAUAUAUCGACUAUGACCAUAAAGCCACCUUUCUGAAGAUGCUCAACCAACAGAGGAUGGAAGGUGAGCACUGUGAUGUGGUGGUGGUGGUGGAGAACAUAGAGUUCAGGGCCCACCGCUGCGUCUUGGCAGCCUGCAGCAACUACUUCAAAAAGCUCUUCAAGAAACAGAGCGAAGAGGACAACUCCAUCGUGGAGUUGGACUUCAUCCGCUCUGACAUCUUUGAAGAGGUGCUGAAUUACAUGUACACAGCCAGGCUCGCCGUGAGGAAGAAGGACAUCAAUAUGAUGAUGUCAUCCGGCCAGAUCCUGGGGAUCAACUUCCUGGAUAACCUGUGCACACAGAAACGUGAGCUGACCAACAUGAAGACCAGAGAGAACCAGGCUCCUGGAGACCAUGGGAUGCGAGCUCAGGACGCCAUCCUGAAGGAGCUCGCCAUGGAGGAGGUGAGGAAGAACAGCUUCUAUGAUCAGGGGAUGGAUAGUAUGGGGCCCGGGGGCUCUCACGUGUCUCAGCCGCACAACUACAACACCAACAUGAGCAAAGAUCCUCACGGCCACGGCUGGGGCUCCUCUUCAUCCAGCGACAUGAAGCUGGAGUACCUGCUGUACGGCCACCGUGACCACGGCUCCUGCCAGAGCACAGGUGCGAAGCCCAUGGACCACAACGCCAAAAAGGAGCGGCUGCUCACCGCCAACCGCCCCUACGGCUGCGAGCACUGCCCCAAAGCCUUCACCACCGCCGCCCACCUCAAGGAGCAUCUGAAGAUCCACUCCGGCUUCAAGCCCCACCGCUGCGUGGUGUGCGGCAAGGCCUUCAUCAGGGGCCCCGACCUGAAGAGGCACGAGAGGGUCCACAGCAACGAGAGGCCCUUCGCGUGCCAAAUGUGCGAAAAGGCCUUCAAGCACAAGUCUCACCUGAAAGACCACGAACGGCAGCACCGGGGCGAGCGGCCAUUCAACUGCGGCUCCUGCGACAAAGCCUUCAUCAAAGCGUCGGAUCUGAAGCGCCACUGGAACACGAUGCACAGCGGCAACUCCCGCAGACAGAUGUCCCUGUCUCCCGCUGCCUCCCAGCACGGCCAGGCAGACGCCACCGACCAGAGAGACUGGAAAAUGGAAACCGGGCCACAUUCGCAUAACUCUGGGGACUGUUGAGCCUGCAAACACACCAAACCACACUCAUACUGACACACACGCACCCACAACAGUCACUUAAAAACAUGUAUACACACUGACACAACCACAACCCAGUGACAGGCUGAUGGCCUGACAUCACAUGGACAAUGAUCGGAGUGAGUAACAAGAGAUCAUAGCAUGUUCAUAAGACUGUGGGGCUGUAUUAUUAUUAUUAUUCUAAAGAGUUAUGUCAAAACGAUGUUUUCUUUCCACCUGUAAAAUCAUGUAAAUGUUUAGUUCACUCUACGUAUAUUUUUCACAAAGCAUCGUUGCUAUCUAGACUGGGGGUUCUCUUAACAUUAUUCUCUUUUACUUUUAUGGGAUAUGUAACAUUUAAAUGUUUGUUUAACCUUUACUGGAUUUUAUGGAGAUAAAGAGAGAAAUAGAGUGGGGGAGGGGGGAAGAUUUUUCUGGAUAACAUUUGUUGCAUUGAGUAUAUUCAUGUGGAUGUUUUUAAUGGAUGUGUUUAGUUGUAUUGAUUGAUAUUACACUGUAAGAGUAAGAGUCACCAUUUUGCAUUUGAUGCAGAUGAUACCAAAGUCUUGGGCCUUUGAUGGAUUGUCUUUAAAGGCUGUCCUGCCCAAGCAACCGGCCAACUAGAUUUACUGUUAUACAGUAUAACUGUCAUCCAGCUAUCAACAGUUAAUGAUAGAUGUCUGUAUAUACUGUAGCUUAGUUUGUUGCACAAUUAGAGUACACGAUAUUGAAUUAUGCACAUAUAACAUUGUCCUACUCCUACACUUUGACAAUAAACACCAUUUGCUGUGUUUUA